GUCGGGAUGUAAGGAGGAAUGGCGACGGUCGAGACGGUUUUGGAGGCCAGAGUGGAGCUGAUCUGACCAAACAGAAGCCAAACACAGUUUGAAUCUCUUCACGUCUGACUAAACUGUUAGUGAUAAAGAGUCCCAAAAUGGAAACUGAAGUAACAGUGUCCUCCUCAUCGAGUGUGGUCUCAACCUCCGCUCCUCAGACGUCCACUGCUCAGGCCAACCUGGCUGCAAAGCAGAGAGACAACAGGAAGACGUCCACAACUCCCGCCUUCCUCUCCAAUCUGGGGAGGGCCACAUUGCGGGGCAUUCGUAAGUGUCCACAGUGCGGGGUCUACAACGGCACCCGUGGGCUCAGCUGCAAGAACAAAGCAUGUGGGAUUUCCCUCCGAAAUGCGUCUUCGGCAGCGGGCAGGAGCAGCAAGAAAUGUGCGGUGGAGGUGGUAAAAGUGAUAAUAGACAGUGAGGAGAGAGCAGGGAAAGAGCGCGAGGGUGGAGGAGAAGUCCUGGGCAGCAGCUCAGGUGGAGGAGUGCAGGUGUUUUCAGUGUGUCAUAGAGGAAGAGGAGCCACAGUGACACAGUUGGGCUUUGUUGAACUUGUUCCCACUGAUACUGCUAUAGCAACAGGUGACGGUGCCACCCUGCUGACACGCAUCAAUCUGGGCCGCUGCUUUUUGCCAUCCUGCAGGCAGGGUCAAAGGUCAAAUCAGGGGGAGACAGAACCAGCAGUGGUCAGUUCAAAACAGUCCUCAGACAGCCUCUGCAUCCACAUCAAGCAAGCAAUAGAGUGUAGGAGCUGUGCAACGCCACUGACCUUAAAGAGCUCCAUCCUUGAGGGUUUGCAGGCCUCCAUUCAAGCCAGGGAAGAGCUGUGGAGGCUGGCCACAGAGUCUCCAGGCCCACUGGUGCAGCGUGUCGCAAAAGAUACCCUGGUAGUGAAGUGCCACACAGAUUCCCAGCAUCCUCUGGGGCUGCUGCAUCUCACUGUAGGUGCAGGCGGACUGUCUGAGGUUUCAAAGAGCGAGAGAAGGGGAGAAAAGCAGCAGCAGCAGCAGCAGAAAGAUGCAGUCUUCCACUGUGCCUGUCAGGUUAGCAGUAGCAGGAGAAGUAAGCCUGGUGUUGAUGGAGCAGGUGGAUCCACCAACUCUCAUCCUCCACCUCCCAGCUCGGUCACGUCACAGCCAUGCCUUCACUUUUACGCCUGUGUGUGUGCCUUUGCAAGCGAUGAGAAGCUGGCAUCAGAGUUUGCUGCUUUUAUCAGCUACACCCCCAGUGGUGUGCAGCAAAACGCCUGCUGUAGAGCAGUUAGUCCCAGUGAGAAGCCUCUGCAACAGGCCGAACCUGUCAACUCUCUUCAUAAAUCAAAGAAACUUCGCCUGGAUGAAUCUCUCUCUGCCCCCUCAGUGGUCUCUGUCUCUGGGGUGGGGAAGGAGGGAGUGUCAGCCUCCGGCCUGAGGAAAGCUGGUCAGAGGAAAGCCCCUGGUGCUGGUGGGCUGAAGGCUCCAGGGAGUACGCAUGUUGUGGAUGAGCGCAUAGUGACGAUGGGCUUCCAACAGUGGCUGGCCAGCGUCACAGAGAGGAUCCACCAGACAAUGCACUACCAGUUUGAUGGGAAACCACAACCUCUGGUCUACCACAUCCCACAGGAGUUCUUCAACGCUCUGCAGCAUCGUCUGUCGCUGGGCUCAAAGAAGAGGAGACUGCCAAACUUCACAACAGCAUUUGUGAGAAAUGAUGGACUUCCUCUCGGCUCUUUCUCCAAGUACACCUGGCACAUCACUAACCUCAUGCAGGUCAAACGCAUCUUCGACACCUCAGAGUUGCCUCUGGAGGUCUCUCAGAGUUUUGUAAAGAACAUAGAUGGCUCUUACUCACGUUUUCGCUGCCCUGAUCCUCCGCCUGAACCAGACCUACACGAGGGAUACAGGACAGAUCGGCCACAGGCUAUAAAACCGAUGGAGCUCCGCACUUUCCUUAAAGUUGGGCCAGCAGAUCAGAAGGAGGCCAGUCCGUUUGUGAUCGAGUGGAUCCCAGACGUUCUUCCUCGCUGUCAGAUGGGAGAGCUCAGGAUCAGCUUUGAAUUUGGCCACCAGCAGAGCGGCCAGCCCGAGAAUUGUGACAAAAUGAGUGCAGUGGAUAAAGGAGGCCGUAACAAGUCAGACUCAACUCAAUCCAAACAAACGAAGGCUGUUGAAAUCCUUCAGGUGGUUGUCUGAUAGCUCUCUGGUCUCCUUAUUAUACACUGACAAUAAUAAAUUGGAACUUCCUCUCUGGGGCAGUUUAUCGUACAUACAGUAUUUGACUUACCAAUAUAUCAAUGUUAUAUUAGGCAAUUUAUAAAUACUCAAUUGCCAUGUGAAUUACACAGUGUGAUACUGAUCAACAGUAGUUUUAGACAAUCUUGUUUGUAGUGAAGCACUUAUCAUAAUGCCUUUUCCUCAAAAUAUUCAUAACAUCAAACUUACAAAAAACAAAAGAGAAGUAUAUUUUUGGAAAAAUAUUUAAUGUUUUUAGACAUAGCACCUAAACAUUUUUACUCAAGACAGAUCAUACAACCAGUAAAACAGAAAAAACAGUCGGCUAGUGACACAAAAUAAGAACUUUAAAUCAUUUUUUAAAAGCAUUUUUAAAGUGGAAACAGAUGACUUUCCAAUUUUACCCUCCCCUAUCAUUUGCAAGUGGCGUUAUUGUCGGCACCACUGUUGCGAAGAAAACUGGAUGGCUUUCUAUUUUCCACACAGCCUCGCAACUACCAGCAACACAUGACGCACCGCAUUUUGUUUUCAGCAGUUAUUGUGGUUGUUCCACUGUCCGCUACUUCCACCACUGGGGAUAGUUAUUGCAUAAAACUUACAUGAUAGUCUUUGGUAACUGAUAGCUACCAAUAGCUUCUGGAGAAAAUAAAAAUGCCUUUUUCCUCCCGUCUCGGUUGCACAAUGGUUGACGCACUUCCUUUGUGCCGUAAAUCGGGUCUUCACUUUCCUAAGAGAUUGUACCUGGUGACAGACAGAAUUGCGAAGUGACAACAAGGCUCACAGGGAACCAAUCUAAACUUAGAUGGUGUCAUUAUUGAAUACCCUUACACUGUGCAAUAACAACAUUUCCUUUACAAUGAUAAGAUAAUGUCUAUUUCCACUUUAAAAACGGGUAAAUGUGCUGGUUCCUAUGGGAAAUGACACAUUCUGUAGAUCCUAUUUCCUGAAGGUGUGAAAACAUCUAUGUGUGUUAAAAAGAAGGAUUUUUGUCCUGAUUGUUUUUCUAUAUUAACAUAAAGAAAAUAAAACACAUUUAAUUGA